AUGGUUCCUCGUCUUGUUGGCCGUCAUCAUCAAGGCCGCGGGAAACUGUCUCAACAUCGGGAAUGGCCCCAAGACUGGGCAGAAAUGGUGCCGAACUCGGGCUUGGUAACGUUAUUGAAUGACUGCUCGAGUUCGAGACUUGAUGUGAAUGCGCUCGUGCUAAGGCCCUCGGACUGCAUGGCCCCGCUGCGCUUUGGCGGCGUGUUGCUGAAGUGGUGGUUCUGCCCGUCUUUGCAACCUUCCUUCGACGAUUUCGGCUUGGUUCAUCACCAGAUUCAAGCUCCGGAGCGUCUGGAAAUAUACACUCUGUGCGGUGAGCGCGACAUGUUACGCAGGAGUCCGAGAAUGCCUCUGUUUGACACCUGGACUUUCGUCGUCGACAAGGAAGACAAGCAGGCCGUAGAUGAGAGCGAUAUGGCCGUUCGGGCUGGCCCUGCCGCAACAUUACUUGCGGGUUAUGCUGCUUUAGAGCUCUGCUGGAAGUAUUUGCAAGACAAAAGUCAUGAAUUCCGAGGGCAAGUGGCAGUCGGCAAUUCCAAAUCGUUUCGUGAUGGCCGGAAAACCACAAAAUCGCAACGUUUGCCGCGGGAAAAUGGCGUGGCUAAAGAUGCGGUGGGCCAUGUGGGAUCUCUGGCAGCAUCCUUUCUGCAUUUACUGCGCCAAGGCCACUCGGUGACAAGAUGGUACGACGAUCCCAGCCCUUGCUACAUGUUGAGAAUUUGA